AUCCACAUUCUUCAAAAAUCGCUGUGGACUGCCCCUCUCUCUCUCUCUCUCUCUCUCUCUCUCUCUCUAAGAACGCGUCUCAGAACUUCGCGUUCUUCGCAAAGACGGAGAGGACACUAGAAAAAUCCUCUUAAAGCUCUUCGCAUCUCCUUCGACGAUCCGUAAAGUUUAUUACUGUUCAUCGUUUCUUUCGUUUCUCUGCAAUGGCGAUGCCGAAGAGCGGCAACAGCAAGAAGAACGUUUCGUACAUCUCCGUUCCGUCGCAGAUUAUAAACUCUUUGUCCUCUUCCUCGUUGCAAUCUCUUCUUGUCUCACCCAAGAAAUCCUCCAGAUGCUCCAACAAGUUCAACCUCUCUUUCAGAAACCCCAGGCUCUGGUCCUUGUCUCUGUUUCUCGUCUCCGUCUUCGGAAUGUUGAAGCUCGGUUUCAACGUUGACCCUUUUACGCGGUACCCGUGUUCCACGAAUCAACCAGGAAGCUUCGACAGGGAAAAAGGCGUCGAAUCCCAUCUGGAUUUUUCCCAUAACGCCGAAAAGAAUGGAACAGAACGGGAUACUUCAGAUGGGCAUUCGAAAUCGGAGACGAGAUUUCAAUCGGAGAGUGGAAAGAACGAAUCUUUGUUGGCUCCUUCGCUGUCGCCGAAGGAGGAGGAGAGUGAUUUCUGGAGACAGCCUGACGGGAUGGGGUACAAGCCCUGCUUGGGAUUCAGCACUCAGUACAAGAGAGAAAGCUCGACGAUUCUGAAGAACAGAUGGAAGUAUCUGCUCGUUGUGGUUUCUGGUGGGAUGAAUCAGCAGAGGAAUCAGAUUGUUGAUGCCAUUGUCAUCGCUAGGAUCCUCGGCGCUUCACUCGUUGUUCCCGUUUUGCAGGUUAACGUCAUCUGGGGAGACGAAAGUGAAUUCGCUGAUAUAUUUGAUUUGGACCAUUUCAAGAGGGUUCUCUCAGAUGAUGUCCAUGUAGUUUCAUCACUGCCUUCAACACAUGUAAUGACGAGGCCUGUGGAAGAGAAGAGGACCCCCCUCCAUGCUUCCCCUGAAUGGAUUCGAUCACAUUACCUCAAGAGGAUUAACCGUGAAAGAGUGUUGCUUCUGCGCGGUCUCGAUUCAAGACUCUCCAAGGACCUUCCACCGGAUCUACAGAAACUCCGUUGCAAGGUUGCAUUUCAGGCGCUGAGAUUUUCGCCGAGAAUUCAAGAGCUCGGUAACAGACUGGCUGAGAGGAUGCGUAGCGAGGGACCUUACCUCUCCCUUCAUCUUCGGAUGGAGAAAGAUGUAUGGGUUCGGACAGGUUGCCUCCCGGGUCUGAGUCCCGAGUACGAUGAGAUAGUGAACGAUGAAAGAAAACGCCAUCCCGAGCUUCUAACCGCUAGGUCAAACAUGACUUAUCACGAGAGAAAGCUUGCCGGUCUAUGCCCUUUAAACGCUGUGGAAGUCACUAGGCUGCUUAAAGCGCUCGAUGCUCCAAGAAACACGAGGAUAUACUGGGCGGGAGGAGAGCCACUGGGUGGGAAAGAGGCUUUAAAGCCGUUGAACACAGAAUUCCCUCACUUAUACAACAAGCAAGACCUUGCCUUGCCCAGUGAACUCGAACCCUUUGCCAAUAAAGCAUCAGUAAUGGCUGCCAUCGACUAUAUAGUCUGCCAGAAGAGCGAUGUGUUCAUGCCCUCUCAUGGAGGAAACAUGGGUCAUGCCCUACAGGGGCAGAGAGCAUAUGCGGGGCACAAGAAGUACAUUACACCGAACAAGAGGCAGAUGCUUCCGUACUUCAUGAACUCGUCCUUGCCCGAAGCUGAGUUCAAAAGGAUCGUGAAAGAGCUUCACGGAGAGUCGUUAGGACAACCUGAGAUGAGAACAAGCAAAGCCGGAAAAGAUGUCACGAAACAUCCGGUCCCCGAGUGCAUGUGCAAUGGCUCGGCGGGACACUCCGAGUCAUAAAUCCGAGUGAGAGACCGAGUUCAAGGGCAUUUUGGUAUUUUCAGGCAGUGAAUCGGCUUAGUGGCGUUGGUGAAGAUUUUCCCGAUCACCGGAGGUUUCUUUGGACCUGAGGAAUACGGCCGCUCGGCGCGUGCGAGGUUAUUCGUUUUGUCCGUAUACUCCGACUUAUUCUUUGCGUAUUUGUACGUUUCAAGGUGUUGAAUUUAUACGGUGUGGGGGUAGAAUUUUAUAGGAGGAUAUGAAAAAUGAUUCUUUGAUUUGAUUUAUUUUUACUGUAAUUAUGCGUAUAGGGUUGUAUACGAAUACCAUUGUACAAGAAAUUUAAUAAAGUCGCAAAUUUUCAAUGUU